AUGGCGAACUUCAUGGAUGAGCUAGCUACAGGUUUUCGUCGCACAUGGCGGGAUCUGUGCAAGAAGGAGACACCCACGGUGGGGUCUGAUGGCAUGCUGCAGGGCAUUUGGAGGGAAGCGGUCGUUGCGGCGGUUGCUUGUGAAAAGGCGGGCAAAGCCGGGAGAUUUGCGGAUGGCCCGGCGGGUCAAGUCUUGGACUACAUGCUGGAGCGGGGCUUCAACAAGUUCUAUACAAACGCGGAGCAGACGGAGGAAGCAGCACAUGCCGGUCGGAUUCGUCCAUCUAUGGCGCCAUCCGGUGCAGGAGCGGCCAUCGACUCCUGGUCCGGGGGUGGCAAGCCGCAUGAGUAUCGCCCAGGGAAGGAUGAUGGCAAGAAGCCCGGCUCCGGUGAUCUUCAGAUCAGGUGUGGCAACUGUGGCAAUGUGUACGGUGUUGCCGUGCCGCCAGGCACUGCGCCCGGUGCCACCGUGCAAGCGAGGUGUCCGCAUUGCGGCACCACCAACCAGGCUGCGAUGCCACACGCCGGAGGUUCUCCGAGCAGCCCAAUGAAGUUCACAGGUGGAGGAGCACCUCCUCGACCCUCAGGCCGUCAGAAAGCCUUGUUGAUCGGAGUGAACUACUUUGGCUCGCGAGCUGAACUGCGAGGUUGCAUCAACGACGUCCACAAUUUGUUCCGCCUCCUGACAGAGACCUACGGGUGGCAGGCUCACAACAUCAGAACACUUACCGACGACGGCCGCGGUGGGGGAAUGCCCACGCGCCACAACAUCACUCAACACCUCCAUUGGCUUGCAGAGGAUGCCAUGCCAGGCGACGUGCUGUUCUUCAGCUUCUCGGGCCACGGGGCCCAGAAAGAAGAUCCCCAAGGCUUUGAGGAGGAUGGCAUGAACGAGACGAUCCUUCCCGUUGAUUUCGAGCGUGCUGGAAUGAUGACAGAUGACGAGGUCAGUGACUACAUCGUCAAACCCCUGCCAGAAGGAGUUAGGCUGACGAGUGUGAUGGACUGCUGCCACAGUGGCAGCGGCUUGGAUCUUCCGUUCACCUGGGAUCCAAGACGGGGCAUGUGGCGUGAAGCUGUGAACCCGUUCCUUUGUAGAGGCGACGUUCUCAUGUUCAGUGGUUGUGAAGAUGACGACACAUCUUCGGAUGCAGCCUCCAUGUAUGCAGCACCGGGAGGUGCAAUGACGACAGCUUUCUGUGACGUGCUUCGCAGAAACCCUCGCCCGAUAUACCCAGAGCUGUUGCAACUCCUCCAUCGGCACCUCAGCAUGGGUGGCUUUUCGCAGCGGCCGGUGCUGAGCUCUUCACAACAGUUCUCGCUCGAUCGGCCGUUCUCUUUCGAUGACAUCCAUCCGAACAUGAACAGCCAACUUGGUCGCAUCUUCAGACAGCGCUUCCCACCGAGGCCUCGGCCAAUGAGUGGACCGCUUGCAGACAUGCUUGGGCCCUUGGGCAUGCUGGCAGGUGGUUUGGUUGUCGGCGCCCUCGCUGGAGAAGCCCUCGAAGGUGGUGUUGGACUGCUUGGAGCUCUGUUUGGGUAG